AAAUCAAGUCUCCACCUUAAUAGUCAAGUAACUCUCCUUAUUUUUUUCUCUGUAGAUGUGCAACAAAAAUGGCAAAGGCACCAGAACAAGAACAUCCUGUUAAAGCAUUUGGCUGGGCUGCCAGAGACAGCACAUCGGGGCAUCUCUCUCCCUUUAACUUCUCCAGAAGGGCAACAGGUGAUGAGGACGUGCGGUUUAAGGUGUUGUUCUGUGGCAUAUGCCACUCUGACCUUCACAGCAUUAAGAAUGAUUGGGGCUUCUCUAUAUACCCUCUAGUUCCUGGGCACGAGAUUGUGGGUGAAGUGACAGAAGUGGGAAGCAAGGUGAAGAAAGUAAAAGUGGGAGAAAAAGUGGGCGUAGGUGCGAUGGUUGGUGCUUGCGAUUCAUGUGAGAAUUGCAACAACCACCUUGAAAAUUACUGCCCCAAAAUGAUAUUUACCUACGGCGCCAUUUACCACGACGGAACAGUAACUUAUGGAGGCUACUCAGACACCAUGGUUGCCAGUGAGCGUUACAUUGUACGUUUCCCUGAGAACAUGCCACUGGAUGCUGGGGCACCUCUGCUUUGUGCUGGGAUCACAGUCUAUAGCCCCUUGAAAUAUUUUGGGUUAGGAGAACCUGGGAAGCAUGUUGGCAUUGUAGGCCUUGGCGGGCUUGGUCAUGUUGGAGUGAAAUUUGCCAAGGCACUUGGGGCAAAGGUGACUGUUAUUAGUACCUCCCCUAGCAAGAAAGAUGAAGCUUUGAACCAUUUGGGUGCUGAUGCGUUUUUAGUUAGCCGUGACCAGGAUCAAAUUCAGGAAGGAAGAUAGUGGCGGGUAGUGGAUUUGGAGGGACAAAGGAAACU